GAGGCAGUUGGACGAGUUUGUGGCUGAGCCGGUUUAUCCAGUGUUGAAGAUGGGAAGUUACUUGUCUGCCCCAGCUUACUUCGCUCCCAAGGAUCCCUUUCGGUGCUCUGAAUGUCAGGAUCCCCUCACUAACUGGUACUAUGAGAAAGACGGGAAGCUGUACUGUCACAAAGACUACUGGGGGAAGUUUGGGGAGUCCUGCCAUGGCUGCUCUCUGCUGAUGACUGGACCUGUGAUGGUGGCUGGCGAAUACAAGUAUCACCCCGAGUGCUUUGCUUGUAUGAGCUGCAAAGUGAUCAUUGAAGAUGGGGACACUUACGCGCUGGUGCAACAUUCCACUCUCUACUGUGGAAAAUGCCAUAACCAGAUUGUGCUGACACCGAUGAUAGAAAAACACUCCACUGAGUCUCUACGUGAGCAGCUGCCUUAUACGCUGACCCUCAUUUCCAUGCCAGCAGCUACUGAUGGCAAGAGGGGGUUCUCCGUGUCUGUUGAAGGUGGCUGCUCCAGCUAUGCCACUGGUGUCCAGGUGAAAGAAGUUAACAGGAUGCACAUCAGCCCAGAUGUCCGAAACGCCAUCCACCCUGCAGAUCGUAUCCUGGAGAUUAACGGAGCUCCUAUUCGUACAUUACAGGUGGAGGAGGUGGAGGACUUGAUUCGCAAGACAAGCCAGACACUUCAACUGCUGAUAGAGCACGACCCUGUCUCGCAACGCUUAGACAGGCUUCGUUUGGACUCCCGUCUUCCCACCCACAUAAAGCCACCCAUUUCCCCACACUCCCUCUCUCCACUGGACAUCAAGGAGAAUCUGGAAGGAACGCUCCGACGGCGCUCCCUCAGGCGAAGUAACAGCAUUUCUAAGUCUCCUGGCCCCAGUUCUCCAAAGGAACCACUCCUUCUGAGCCGUGACAUCAGUCGCUCUGAAUCCCUACGUUCCUCUUCUAGCUGCUCCCAGCAAAUCUUCCGGCCCUGUGACCUGAGUCAUGGCGAAGUACUAGGAAAAGGGUUUUUUGGACAAGCAAUCAAGGUGACUCACAAAGCAACAGGAAAGGUGAUGGUGAUGAAGGAGCUGAUUCGUUGUGAUGAAGAAACACAGAAGACUUUCUUGACAGAGGUGAAAGUGAUGCGCAGCCUGGAUCACCCCAAUGUGCUGAAGUUCAUCGGUGUACUGUACAAGGACAAGAAGCUGAAUCUGCUCACUGAGUACAUUGAGGGGGGUACCCUGAAAGACUUCCUCCGCAAUGCGGACCCAUUUCCCUGGCAGCAGAAGGUCAGCUUUGCCAAAGGAAUUGCCUCUGGAAUGGCUUACUUGCACUCCAUGUGCAUCAUUCACAGAGACCUGAAUUCACACAAUUGCCUAAUCAAGUUGGAUAAGACGGUGGUGGUGGCUGACUUUGGCCUGUCUCGGCUGAUUGUGGAGGAAAGAAAAAAGCCCACUUUAGAGAAGCCGUCUGCCAAGAAACGAACCCUACGCAAGAGUGACAGGAAGAAGCGCUACACGGUGGUUGGCAACCCAUACUGGAUGGCCCCAGAGAUGCUGAAUGGACAGAGCUACGAUGAGACAGUGGACAUCUUUUCAUUUGGGAUUGUUCUCUGUGAGAUCAUAGGCCAGGUUUAUGCUGACCCAGACUGUCUCCCACGCACACUGGAUUUUGGCCUUAACGUCAAGCUGUUCUGGGAAAAGUUUGUUCCUGCNNNNUGUCCUCCUGCCUUUUUCCCUCUGGCUGCCAUUUGCUGCAGACUGGAACCAGAGAGCAGGCCCCCUUUCUCCAAGCUGGAAGAUUCCUUUGAAGCUCUCUCUCUCUACCUGGGAGAACUUGCCAUCCCCCUCCCGUCUGAGCUGGAGGAGCUGGACCACAACGUGAGCGUGCAGUUUGGACUGAACCGUGACAAGCUACCUGAAAACACAACCUAGUCAGCUCGUCCUGCUGCCUGCACCACUUCCAUUGGAGUUGAGAUGAGUGACAGGGAGGGAGAUGCACUUCAGCCACUUCCAGGGCAUUAAUGGGGCACCACGCUGUGCGUUUGCUGCACUGCCUCUCUCUCCCCACCCAACACCCCUCCUCUUGGACAUCCUGAUUCACUGUGGAUUUCUGGCACGUUUCAGAAGCAAAAAGGACUGUUUCCUGCCAACUGCACCUAGGAAAGCUGCUCAACACUAUUUUUCUGGCUUGAGAAAUCUUUCUCUAGCCUUUUCAGGCUUCUUUACUGUGGUGCCUUAGAACUUGGCUGCAAGCUGUGAAGCCACCCUGGCCUGUCUGCCAGGGAGGGAAUUGCUAUAGGAGACUCUCCUGGGCAAGGAUCAGUAGUUCUGGAACUGCUUCUCCCACUGACUGCCCUGCUCAGAAAGCUGGGGAAACUGGACAUCUGGCACAAGGCCUCACCAGGACAGCAUG